AGGCCCUCGGCGUCGUCGUCCUCCAGCUCUGAGCUCUCCGGAAACUGCUCGGCCUCUGGACUGGCCGCCGCCUCCCCGGGGCCGUCGCCGGCCAAGGCAUGCCGCAGCCGGUGCAGGAGCCGGGAGGCCAUGGCACCCUGGGUGUUCACAGGAUUGCACAAUUUGAACCUCACACAUGGGAAGUAGGCAAACAGGGAAACUGAGGACCAGAGAGGACGGACCAGCAGGCUGAGGCCAGGUCCUACCUCAGCGAGGAGAUGAUUGCUGAGUUCAAGGCUGCCUUUGACAUGUUUGAUGCUGAUGGUGGUGGGGACAUCAGCGUCAAGGAGUUGGGCACGGUGAUGAGGAUGCUGGGCCAGACACCCACCAAGGAGGAGCUGGACGCCAUCAUCGAGGAGGUGGAUGAGGACGGCAGCGGCACCAUCGACUUUGAGGAGUUCUUGGUCAUGAUGGUGCGCCAGAUGAAAGAGGACGCGAAGGGGAAGAGCGAGGAGGAGCUGGCCGAGUGCUUCCGCAUCUUCGACAGGAAUGCAGACGGCUACAUCGACCCGGAGGAGCUGGCUGAGAUUUUCAGGGCCUCCGGAGAGCACGUUACUGACGAGGAGAUCGAAUCUCUGAUGAAAGACGGCGACAAGAACAACGACGGCCGCAUUGACUUCGACGAGUUCCUGAAGAUGAUGGAGGGCGUGCAGUAAGGAGUGGACAGUUGCCUCCACCAAGAUCGCGUGUCCCUAGGAUGUGGGAGACUCCGUCCUGCCGGGUCCCCACCAGGGAGGCGCUGCGCCUUGUGGGUCUUUGUCUGGAAGGAAUAAAAGCAAAUGUUCCAAAA